AUGGCGAAGGAGGAGCAACGCUCUGCUGCUGAUGAUGAUGAUGGCCGCAUAGACGAUUCCAUGGCCGGCGGCGGUGGCGACGACGCACGGGGUGCGGGUGAUGGUCCGGGGGGCGCGGCUGUCUUUACGCCGACGGCUGCCCGCGUUGACGUGCACCCGCUUGUCUUGCUCUCCCUCGUUGACCACUACGCCCGGGUGAACGCGAAGGUGGUGCAAAAGCGCCGCGUUGCUGGACUUCUGCUCGGCCGCUACAAGCGUCUCCCGGACGGGACGCCGCUGCUGGACAUUAACAACAGUUUUGCUGUGCCUUUUGAUGAAGACCCACACAACUCAGACGUGUGGUUUGUUGACACAAACUACGCGGACGAGAUGUUCCAUAUGUUCCGUCGUGUGUUCCCCAAGGUCCAGGUUGUUGGCUGGUACUCCGCCGGACCGUCGUGCGCCGUUCAGCCAAACGACAUGCUGCUGCACCUGCUUGUAGCCGAUCGCUUCACCGCCAACCCGGUGUACUGCAUUGUGAACACGGACCCCGGCAACAAGGGCGUCCCUGUGCUAGCAUACACAACGGUCCAGGGCCGUGAGGGGGCCCGUUCGUUGGAGUUCCGCAACAUCCCGACACACCUGGGCGCGGAGGAGGCGGAGGAGAUAGGCAUUGAGCACCUUCUGCGUGACCUGACGGACUCCACCAUCACGACGCUCUCGACGCAGAUCCAGGAGCGGGAGCUCUCGCUGGCCCACCUCAGCCGUGUCCUGCAGUCGAUUGAGGACUACUUGCACGACGUUGCGAAGGGUCUGAUGCCCAUUUCGGAGGAUGUGCUGGGUGUGCUGCAGGAGGUCAUCAGCCUGCAGCCGCAGAUCUACCACCUCAAGACGUCUACGGAGAUGAUCCGACACUCGAACGACCAGGCAAUUGCCAUGUUUGUCGCCGCGAUUGGACGCUGCCUUGGAGCUCUCUACGACGUCAUUGCGAACCGGCGCCGCAUCAACCGUGAGAUGGUGGAGGUAAAGGCACGACGUGAACAGGCACUGAAGGAGAAACUGGAGCACGAGCAGCACAAGGCGAAGGAGGCCGCCUCGGCCCACGAAGGUGACAAGGGAACUGCAAAGUAG